AUGAGAAAAGACAAACACGACGAAAAUCUGGAAGUGGCGCAUUUGCUCGACCAAUCGGUACCGUCUGGAGCGGAAUCAUCCCUGGAAGCGCUCAGUUACGCGUCGAGGAAAUUGAAAUCGGAAUCGAACAGAAAUCGAGCGAAAAUUGCGCGAACACUAAAAGAUGCGUUUGACGAAUUCAGAGACCACGGAGGAGGAGGCGACGACGAGCGCGAACGAGAAAAAGUGGUCGAGUUGUGCGAGACGUUUUGCGAGGAGUUUUUAGAGCUUUUGAAAGAAGAGGAAAAGGAGAAGGAACGAGAGGAGGAGAACGAUGGUGGUGGUGCAAAAUCAGCUUCGACUCUUGGUGUUGAAGAAGAAGAAAACCAGCGACAACAUGAAGAAGAACUGCGCGAGGCGCUGACGAGCAUGCGAAAAGACGCGCGGAAAUUCCACGAACUGGAAGAAAAACUGGAGUUGAAACAACUGCACUUAGAGAUGUUGCGAGAGGAAAAUAUGUUCGAGGAGUGUUUGAAAGAGGUGGAGAGGAUGGUUGACGAGGAGAAAGAGUUGUCGAACGCGUACGAAAUGCUCGAGCGAUCGAGAGAGGAGUACGCGUGCGUGGAAAUUCCUAACGAAAGGAUAGAUGAUUUGAUGGUGAAGUUGCAGGAUGCGAUACGGAGGAGGAUCGCGGGAGCCGUGAGCGUGAGCGAUGAUGAUGGAGGCGGCGGGAUGUCGGUGGAAUUUUCCAACGCGAGAGACGCGUGGAAAGCAUCGAGAGCGGUUUCGGAGACUUUAUUUCGCGAGUGCGCGGUAUUCGUGACGAGGAAAGUGGUGGAUGAAAUCGUCGUUCCGUUUGUCCAGUCGAGAGCGAGGAACGUUGAGUUGAGCGUGAACGAAGAGAACGGGUACGCGAAAACGCUGAAGUGGAAAAAAGGAGAAACGGCUGGCAAAGGAAACGACGAAGAAGAUGGAAUGAUCUCAACAUUCGUCCAGGGAUUGGACGUGCUCCUCUUCAAAGGAAUUUUUACGAAGCAGUCGUUCGCGUUGGAUGAACUCUCGUCGGAUCUCGUGGACGUUGCUCGCGGUGUCUUUUGGCCGACAGUCUCGAAGACGUGCAUUCAAACUUGGAAUUUAGGAUCAAAGCAAGCGCUACUUACGGACGAUGACGUGGAUAGUGUCGUCGCGCUCGAAAGGCGCGUCGCAAGUUUAGGAUUGCUCAACAGCUACGGUCUCGGCAGUGCUUUAGAUACCGUCGCUGGACCUUUAGAAAUAGCCGCCAUGCAAGGCGAAAUAGAAAGUCGAUUAGACUUCAGAGUGAACAGCUUAGCGAGCGCGAGAGACGCCGGCAAAACUCCCGCAAUUUCCGACGAAUUGUUGCAAACGAAAGCGAAAGAAGAAGAAGUGAAAGGCAAUGGUAAGGAGACGACGAACUACUGCGAAGAGUUUUUCGAAUUGCACUGCUUUGAAAUCCCGGCAUCGCGAACAAUCACGAGCUCCGCGGUGCAACUUUUGAACGUGACAAAAUCUGCGUUUCACUCCGUCCUCUCUUCAUCGUUUGAAGAUAAAGAAAACGCAAAAGAUGCCAACACGCCCGCGGGACGCAUACGACACGCCAUUGCGGCGAUUAAAACCGCGUGCGAUUGUCUCGAAGCGUUCCGGUGUUCGCGCAUGAGCACGCGAGACGAGUCCAUUUUCAAACAGUCGCUCUUUGAAUCGCUCGUGUUUUAUAACGAUUGCGGCUUUAUCGCCGACCAGUUUAUCGCGCAAAGUUUAGACGCAGCGAAGGCUUUAGAGAAUUUAGUCAGAAAGGACAACAGCGGCGGCGGUGACGACAAUGCUCAACAACACCGACCUGCGAUUUUGUGGGCCGUUGAGGCUCUGAGAGACGCCGGCGACGCCGUUUUCGAGCGCGCAGAACGCAACGCCUCGGUCGCAUUAGAGGAGUCUUUAGACUCAUUCGCGAAUGAAACGCAAAGUAUUCGAGGCGCGAACGCAUCCGCGAUGAAGAAAGCUAUCGCGAUAUCGCGCGACGUGCUAAAAAAGUUCUGCUCCGCCGCCAGUCAAACGUUGCAGAGGACAAACGCGAAGCGCAUCGUGGGGAAAUUUUGUGAAUCUUACGCCUCACGCAUCGUCUCCGCAAUCAAAGAAAUGCAUGAUAUUUCAGCGGACGACGCGGACGCGUUGACGGAUGCGCUCGAGGAUGCGUUUACCCCUUUACAACUGGGCACGUCGUCGGUAGAAGAUGAUUUCUUUUACGACGCGCUCGAGAAUUGGCAGAAAGGUUCUGUAUACGCGAAACUGUUGAAGACAAAGUUGAAGGAAAUUACGGACAUGUACACGAGAGGAGAGUUGAAAAUGUUGAGCGCGAACGAAGUGCUGGCGUUCGUUUCCGCGUGUUUUGCGGACACGCCGCUUCGCGAGGAGUGUUUCGAGCGCAUCGAGAAUAUGUAA